UGAAGACGAUAAGACUUUGUGGUUUCAUAAACAGUAGUCGAGAUAUCAUCAUCGUCAUCAAAAUCAACCAAUCCCAAAUCCCCCUCACCCCAAACUCUCCUUUUCCUUUUUACAAUGAAUCCUCGUUGAAUACUUGAAUCCGUAAACCAAAAAAAAAAAAAAAGACAUGGUGGGAAAUGGAAAUGGAAAGCCAAAGAGAUGGGGAUUCUGGUCAAACAAAGCGGCCAAGACCAACACCAAAUUGGAAAAACCAAAACCAAAACCCCUCGACGAAUUCAUCUGUCCAAUUUCCGGUUCACUCAUGUUCGAUCCGGUCAUAGUCUCAUCCGGCCAGACGUUCGAACGGACAUCCGUUGUCGUCUGUCACCACCUCAAUUUUGUUCCACUUCUCCCAGACGGAUCCAAACCUGAUUUUUCAACUGUAAUACCUAAUUUAGCUCUCAAAAAGGCCAUUACUAGCUGGUGUACAUCAAACAGAACCGAUUCACCUUCACACGCACCGGAUUAUAACCUAAUUGAAGCUUCCGUUCGGAAAUUGAUGACGUCAGAUGAAGAUGAUGUUAGAAUUAGGGUUUCAGAACGUGAUUUGAUUAAUAAAAUGGCGGAGAAACCGCAGGUGAUGUUAACUCACGCGGCAACGCAAUUGAAUCCUCAAUUUGUUGAUAAUCAUCGUCGGUUUUACUCAUCGAGUUCGGAAGAAUCGGUGAUUGCAAACGUGCCGGUGCCGGAUACGCCGCCGCUUCCGUUAGUUACACGGCCGUCGUGUUACUCGUCUUCCGUUUCCGCAUCAACGUCGUCAGAGAUUGUUGUAGACGAAACGCUAAACCCUAAUCCUAGCUCAACAAUUUCAGAUGAGGAAAACUUGUGUACAAAGCUACAGAGUAUCGAUGUUAUUGAGCAGCAACAGUCUGUGAUUUUGUUGAGGAAGCUCACUAGAACUGAUGAGAAAGCUAGGGUUUCAAUUUGCACACUGCAGCUGCUCGGUUCGCUCCGUGAAUGUGUGGUUUCGAGGGACGCAGUUGUGCAAACUAACGCGGUUGCAGCUCUGGUGAACUUAUCGCUGGAAAAGAGGAAUAAAGUGAAGAUUGUUAGGUCGGGGAUUGUUCCGCCUUUGAUCGAUGUGUUGAAGUCUGGAUUUGACGAGUCUCGGGAACACGCUGCAGGCGCGCUUUUUAGCCUUGCGCUAGAGGAAGAGAAUAAGAUGGCUAUUGGUGUACUAGGGGCGCUGCAGCCGUUGCUUCAUACGCUGCAUUCGGAUAGUGAGAGAACUCGGGAUGACUCGGCUUUGGCGUUGUAUCAUCUGUCGUUGGUACAGAGUAACCGAGUUAAACUUGUUAAGCUUGGUGCGGUUUCAACUUUGUUAACAAUGUUGGAAACCGGUCUAGCGGGAAGAGUGUUGUUGGUGUUAUGCAACUUAGCCGCGUCGAACGAGGGUAAAUCAGUGUUGCUAGACUCGAAUGCGGUUGAGUGUUUGUUUCGGAAGUUGAGGACCGAAAGUGUUGACUCUACUGAGUCAAUUCGGGAGAACUGUGUGGCGUGCUUGUACUCACUCAGUAUUGGAAGCAUGAGGUUCAAGGGUUUGGCUAAGGCGGCAGGAGGGGCUGAGGUGCUGCGUGAAGUGGCGGAGAGUGGAAGCGAACGCGCACAAGAGAAGGCGAAACGUAUGCUAACAGCGCUUCGUGAACGGGAUGAUGGUGAAGAGGGUAGGGAUUGGAGAGCUUUGUUGGAAGGAGGGGCGAGUCAAAGUCGGUAUGGAGGAGGCUACUCAUCUGCAUUCUAAUGGGUUAGUGCAAUAGGAUUUAGUAUGAUAAUCUUAAAAUGUGAUUUUUGUUAGGGUGUAAGGAAAUUGUAAAUGAUAAUUAUUUUUUGUAAUAUUAUUGGUGAUUGAUCUGAGAAUGGUACUUAAAUAAGAGUGUAAAUAAAUAACACACAACUAUAUGGUUUUGAUCAUAAAGUCUGUUUGAUCU